AUGGCAGAUCAGCAAAAGCCUAGCUCGCGAGCUAUUAACGCAUGUCUCACCUGCCGCAAGCAGAAACGGAAGUGUACGAAAGAGAGACCUAAAUGUUCCGUCUGUCGGAAGACUGGGCGGGUCUGCGACUACACCCCUAUUGGCAGAAGCGCCGCGACAGCUACAGACAAUACUACUGGAAGUCCAGAUUCCCAGGAAACCGGUGAAAAUGCCGCUUUCUCCAGCAGAAGCAUUCAUCUGAGCGGAUAUGAGUCAAGUACAACGGCUGUUGGUUCCUCGAUUACGAACGGUCUCUCCACUCUGUUUCUCGACUCCGAUGUUCCUCGGGAUCAAAGUUACCCGGAAUCCAACCGACACAUCUCUCUGCCGCCCGAAUGCCUCCGUUAUCUCCGGAGUCCGGAAUCACCGCAAAGGCGGACUUGGCACCGGGUUAUCUGCUUGAUCGAGACUGAAGCUCGUUUCUUGACAGUUUCCAAAUUGCGGCUGUACCAGCAACUUUCGAAUGCGGAUCGUAUAAAUGACCCUGAUCUUGGUCUUCUAUUAAUAGCGAUGCAAUUGCACACGCGGUCAUGUAGCGAAGUUGAAUCUGGCGAUGCAGAACUUUACAGAUCUGCAAAGGCUUGCCAUGUGUAUGUUGAGAGCAGCAAUGUCUUCUCCAUAAAGGUAGUGCAAGCGUUGCUGUUGAUUGCAUUAUAUGAGAUAUCGAAUGCUAUCUAUCCCACGGCAUAUCUGACAGUGGGGCAUUGCGCACGACUGGGACAUGCUAUGGGGAUUCACCAGCGCAGUGAUGCGCCGCAGAUGCUUAACCGAGUAGGCACCUGGGUCGAGCUUGAGGAAAGACGUCGCACUUGGUGGGCCGUAAUCAUAUUGGACAGAUAUGUCAACCUAGGCGGCAGGAACCGCCCACUUGCGUGUGAAGAUGCACAACCAGAGGAUUUACUUCCUGCAGAUGACAAGUCCUGGGAUCGUGGUGAAAUCACGGUAGUGGAACCGCUCGCAGUCCGCGCCAACACGACAAUUGAAGUUUGUCCGUUCACACGAACCUGUCAAGCAGCGCACGUACUCACCCGUGUACUUGGUCAUUUGAACGAUCGCAACGCCGACGUCGACUUUCGAUACAAAGAGGCGAUGCAGCUGCAUCGCACCGCCCAGGCACUAUCGUAUACACUCUCAAACGAACUGGAACAAUGGAUCGAGAAAGUAUACGACCCAACCGCGCACCUUCCACUGUUUUCUGCCAUUGGAAUCUGUUACAGUGCGUCACUCCUCCUAUAUGACAGAUACUGUUGUGGCGGUAUUAGUGGGGUAGCAGGGAAUGUAGAAGUACAACAAAUGGCGCUCUCCAACAUCAAUGAGGUAUCUGGGGCUGUCCUUAAUUUCGCAAAAAGCAUUCGCUCGGCCAUGGAUCUUGGUGGGGCUCUCAGAAUGAGUCCCUUGGUACUUGACUGUCUGUAUCAGGCUGCGGCAAAUCUUAUGUGGCAGAGUCGCGAGACCGGAAAUUCAGACUUCUUAAACAUGGCGAAUGAGAUCCAGAAUGUCCUCGAGGUCCUUGGGGCGAGAUGGAAGGCCCCCCGCGCGUAUCUGUCAAUUCUUCAAAAUGGUGGUCAUUGCUGA